GUGCGUGUGAGAGAGAGAGAGAGAGAUCAGAGCCACAGCACCGUUCCGAAGCCUCACAGCGACAGGCAUCGACACUUAAGCAGCCCGUACCCUCCCUUGUAUGGUUGGCGCGUGCAGAAGAGCGGGCGGGCGUUCCGUUCGCGCGCGUCCGUCGCGAUGUUCGCGGUGAUGCACCCGGCCAGGAAGUACUCACCUGCGCGCUACCUGUCCGCCGGCAGCCCGGCCGUCACGGUGCUGGUGCUGGAGCAGCCGAAGCAGGCAGUCGGCGACGAGCGGGAGGAAGGAGCCCCGCAAAUAAUGUUCCCGCCUUCAAACGCCAAGAUUCGGCACUCGAAGGCGAAGGGGGUGAAGGCGAUUCGGAAGCAACACUCGCCCCCGAAGCGCAGCCUCGACGUGUUCGCCGCCGCCGCCGCCGCCGCCCCUCCUCCCGCCGAGAGUCAGGGCGCGCGGCCGGACAGAGGCGCCGAGGGCGACGGAGCGGCCCCCCGCAGCAGGAAGCGGGCCUACCGGCCCCCCGACGUACGCACCAUAUUCGAGUCCCGCAGAGACCCCCGGGUGAAGGAGGAGAAGGGCGAAGGACACGUGUUCCGCGCGGAGGAGGAGAGCGGCGUCGGCUGGUGCGACGUGUGCUGCCAGUUCAUCCUGCAAGGGCGCCUCACCUGUACAGGGUGUAAGUACACCUGUCACACACAGUGCCGAGACAAGGUGUCCCUGGACUGCCACCAGAGUGGACCAGCAGCCGACCCGCCUCCCGUGCCCGGCGCCCUCAACCAUCUGAACAACAACAAUGCCCCCCUGCUGUCUGAUGUGGAGAAGGAGAAGGAACUGCGUACUCAAUUCAGCAAGGAAGAGGUUCGACACAAAAUUGAACUGUACAAUUCCUCCGUCAAGGACCAUCUUAAAAUGACCCUGAACCCAAGUGGUGUUUACACCGGCUUCAUCAAGGUUCAGCUGGAGUUACGGCGGCCCAUAACUGUGCGGAGUGGGACCGGGGGCCCUGGUGCCGAGGAGGCUUUCUACCUGCCCCGGGGGGCCGUGAACACGCUACACAUCAGCAGCACCCACACAGUCCGACAGGUCAUUGAAGCCCUGCUGCACAAAUUCACUGUGGCAGACAACCCUGCCAAGUUUGCCCUCUUCAAGCGCUGUCGGCGAGAGGACCAGGUAUACAUAUGCAAGCUGGCAGAGGGGGAGCAGCCCCUGUUCCUGCGUCUCCUGGCAGGACCGAGCGUGGAGAGCUUAAGCUUCGUCCUGCGGGAGCAGCCCACCGGAGAGGUCAUAUGGGAUGCCUUCUCGAUCCCAGAGCUACACAAUUUCCUGAGGAUCCUGGACAGGGAGGAGGAAGAGCAGGUGCAGCUCUUGACCAGUCGCUAUGACUCCUACAGGCAGAAGCUCGAGGAGGCGCUAAGGGCAGCGGGACACCCCGGGUAGAAGUGGUGGGGGUAGCGACAGGACCGGACUGCAGUACGAGUCACCCCGAAAUUGGUUUGUGGAGCCUCGAUUCCUGCUGCUUCGACGUCCCAUAAGUUGUAUGCAGCACGCAGGGUGAACACAAGGGCACUUUGCUGCAAACCUUGUUAACUCUGUUAAUACUCUUUGAAAGUGACAGUGGUAGGAGACCUCUGGAGCGACACAUUCUGAAACUUCCCAUACUGCACCAUGGCUGCAGUGGUCACACAUUUGCUCUCUCACUCACAUUUUCUGCCUGUCUUAUGUUCUUAUCAUUUACUGUUGUUUUAAGUUUUUUUUUUUUUAAAAAA